GAGUGUCAUGGGCCCGCGCCGCGCCCACCGCUGCCGAUCGCAGGCGCCCGAGCCCCGGGGCCCGGCGUGCAGCAGCCGCUGACGCGGGGCGCCGGCUGCCAACUUCGCGCGCGGAGCUCCCCGGCGGCGCGGUCCUGGCGGCGCGGGCGGCAUGAAGACGAGCCGCCGCGGCCGAGCGCUCAUGGCCGUGGCCCUGAACCUGCUGGCGCUGCUCUUCGCCACUACCGCCUUCCUCACCACGCACUGGUGCCAGGGCACGCAGCGGGUGCCCAAGCCCGGCUGCGGCCAGGGCGGGCGCGCCAACUGCCCCAACUCGGGCGCCAACGCCACAGCCAACGGCACCGCCACCCCUGCCGCCGCCGCCGCCGCCGCCGCGGGGAACGGCCCCCCUGGCGGCGCGCUCUACAGCUGGGAGACGGGAGACGACCGAUUCCUCUUCAGGAAUUUCCACACCGGCAUCUGGUACUCCUGCGAGGAGGAGGUCGGCGGGCUCGGUGAAAAAUGUCGCAGCUUCAUUGACCUGGCCCCCGCAUCGGAGAAAGGGGUCCUGUGGCUGUCGGUGGUCUCCGAGGUGCUCUACAUCCUCCUGCUGGUGGUCGGCUUCAGCCUCAUGUGUCUAGAGCUCUUCCACUCCAGCAACGUCAUUGACGGGCUCAAGCUCAAUGCCUUCGCAGCCGUCUUCACGGUGCUCUCAGGCCUCCUGGGCAUGGUGGCCCACAUGAUGUACACACAGGUGUUCCAGGUCACCGUGAGCCUCGGCCCUGAAGACUGGAGGCCCCACUCCUGGGACUACGGGUGGUCCUUCUGCCUGGCCUGGGGCUCCUUCACCUGCUGCAUGGCAGCCUCGGUCACCACGCUCAACUCCUACACCAAGACGGUCAUUGAGUUCCGGCACAAGCGCAAGGUCUUCGAGCAGGGCUACCGCGAGGAGCCGACCUUCAUGGACCCUGAGGCCAUCAAGUACUUCCGGGACAGAAUCGAGAAGGGGGAUGGGAAUGAGGAGGAGGACCUUCGCUUAGACUGCCGCCACGAGAGACACGCAGCCCGACACCAGCCACACAUGGGAGACUCCUGGCCCCGGAGCUCUGCACACGAGGCACCAGAGCUGAACCGCCAGUGCUGGGUCCUGGGGCACUGGGUGUGACCAAGACCCAGCUUGGCCCUCAGACCUCAGGCCAUCGUUAGCACCAGCCCCCCACCACAAGACCACUGGUCUGGCACCCACUGAAACCUGACCUGUGUGCUCUGAACUCAGCCAGCCUGCAUGGGAGACACCAGGCCUGCCCCGCCCACCACUGCCUGGGUCUCAGGGCCCCAGCAAUGGGGCCAGCGUGGACUGCAGAAACACUCAGAGUUGCACCGAGCAACUUUGGGACAGUGACUUCUAACUCUUGUGACACGCAGAGCCCUGCCGGGUGCAACUGGGAUGCCAGGAAAGCCAUGGACAUCAGCUGUUGGAAGCCUGGGGUUCUCGGGCCAGCUAGGAAGUUCAGGAGGGCAUGGGUGGGACUUCCUAAAGGAGGGGCAUGGGCACUGGCACCAUAGGGGGUCACACAGCAGGCACCAGCAGGGGCUCAAUAAAUGCUUGUUGAACCUGUUUUCUUGCUGUGCAUGGAGGCCAUUUGCUCUCUGGGCUGUGGCUGCCCCUUCAUGGCUCCAUCCUAUCAGGUCCCCAAGGAGCCUGGAGGUGAAGCAGCCCUGAGUGUGCUGCGGUCAGGGUCAGACACUGAGCUCUGUGGGAUGGGGGAAGCCCAGAGCCGAGCUGGGCUUUCAGGUAGGGUCAGGCUUGCAGGCUGCCUUGGAUUCCAGAGGGUGGAAAAGCUGGGGGCAUCAGGCAGAUGGGAAAUGCGGGGUGGGCAAGAGAGAAGCCCUCACACCCAGAUCGUAAACCAACCUGACCCCAGUGGGGACCUUUACCCUGUGUCUAGAGACACGUGACAUCAAAUCCUAGGACUUGGAGGCCUGGGGAAGUAGAUUCUUAUUACAAAAACAAAGGAACUCAGGGUCACAGAGAUAAAGAAACUUGCCCCCAAGAUCACAAAAUUAGCAAAUGGCAGAGAUGGGGUUUGAACUAGGAUUCCUGACUACAAGAGGCCUCAUCUCUUCCCAGAGGAUUUCCCCCAUAGAACUAUCCUCCAAGCAGAGAAUGUUCUUCACUCUUCCAUAAUCCCAUCAUCCGUCCAUCAUCCAUCCACUCAUUCAUUCAUCCAUCCAUUCACCAUUUAUCCAUCAUCCAUCAUCUAUCCACUCAUCAUCCAUU